CACGAACAAACGCGCACUCGCAUAGUUAAUGGAUUAUAAAUUUUGAUUUGUGAGAUUUUUUUUAUCACGUAGGGCUAGGUGCAUGGUGUAGAGGGCAUAUUCCUCUACACAUACACCCUAAGCAAUCCUCAUUUUCACAAGCCCAUCUCGUUUGUUCGAGCGCCAAUUUUUAUGCUCCAAAACAAUAUGCUUCGUCUCCCUCCAUCGCCAUGUCGUCGUCCCCAGACCCCACCAUCCUCCACUCCGAAACCCUAACCCUACCUCCUCCCCCGUUCAUGGCGGACGACGCCACCUCCACCACCGCCACCAUCUCGUGGCCGGAGAAGGAGAAGACGACGGCGACGACGGCGACGGAGGAGAAGAAGAGGGAUCGUCUCGCGGAGCUCCCGGAGCAUCUCCUGCUCCGCAUCGUCUCCUUCCUCCCCACCCACGUCGCCGUGCGCCUCUCCCUCCUCGCCCGUCGCUUCCGCGGCCUCUGGGCCUCCUCCCCUUCCCUCUACCUCGAUCGCUCCUCCCUCCGCCGCACCCCCCGCUUCGUCCUCCUCGCCGAUCGCUUCCUCUCCCUCCGCGACCGCUCUGCGCCGCUCCGGCGCCUCCGCCUCUGCUCCGACUACUCCGCGCGCCACCUCCUCGACCCCCUCGACCCGAUCUCCUGGCUCGUCCGCUCCCGCCCCCUCGGCCUCCGCCACCUCCACCUCGACCUCCACCACGAAACCCUAAUCUAUCUCCUCCCAUUCAUCCUCGACUUCGAAACCCUAGAGUCCCUCUCCCUCUCCACCUUCUCCAACCCCUAUGGCGACAAGGGCAUCGUUCUCCCCGACACUAUCCGGCUAGAUCGCCUAAGAAGGCUCAGCCUUUACCUCCUGCUUGAGCCCCUCUCCCUCUCGCGGCUCGUCGCCAGCGCCCCGGUGCUUGAGGAUCUCAAUCUGAGGGACGUGAGGGCGAAGCAGGUGGAUCUGAAUGCUCCCAAUCUUAAAAGGUUGAAUCUUAAUUCGCAUUGGCUCCUUGAGGUGCGAUUGUGGUGUCCUAAGCUCGAGCUCCUGCGAUGCAGCCUCUCGGGGCCGUUGGCGAAGUAUGAGGGGUUCAUGCCCUCGCUCCGGAGGGCGCGUGUCACAUUGUCGGAUCUUACGGCCGAGGAUGCUGCUGCUGUAGGAUGUGUGAUUCAGAGUGUUGCCAAUGUGUCUGAGCUUAAAAUUCGCGUCUCCGCUUGUUGGAGACAGUUACUUCCGGUUCGCCUCUUGGUAGACGAAGAAAGGAGCCUUCCGACUUUUCCUAAUCUGAGAAGUUUGUUUGUCUACACAUCCUUUCAUGAGAUAAAUAUCAGAGACAUGAUUACUUUGCUUGAUCAUUCGCCGGUUCUCGAUUCUCUCGACUUGUGCCACUCGUCUCCGUAUAUCAAUGAUAAGAAGAAGAAGGCAAAAGACUGGCAAUCGAAGCUGCCUCGAAAUUCUUCUGGCAAUUAUCAAACUGCAUGCUUCACCGAUCUUCGAGUAAAGAAGAGGAGGACUGAGGCUGUGAAGCUGCUGUCGAAGAGAUUGAAGAUAAAAGAGUAACCGUAAAUCCGUAAAUGCUAUAAUAACAGAGAGCUUUUGUGAAUCCGCUCAACCUCUUUUUGUGAUGUUUUCGAGUUUCUUGCGACUCGUUUUGCUGCAUAUUAUCUAAUUUAUCUCUACAUUAGUGUUUUUUCUUGAGUAUCUUUUUGAUUGCUCAAUGAGCCAAAGGACUUUCGGAACUCAUUAAUCGGAUUAUUGGUUUUGUGUGCCUCUA